AUGAAGAUGAAGUCGCUCUCUCUCCCUCACUCCUCCUCAAUUCUUCUCCUCCUCCUCUGCUUCCAUGGCGUCGCCGCCUCUUCUAACUCCUCUUCCUCCUCCGUCCCUUCCAAGAUUGGGAAAGGCUACCGCCUAAUCUCCCUCGAAGAAACUCCCGACGGAGGUUUCCUCGGCCACCUUCAAGUCAAGCAGAAGAACAAAAUCUAUGGCGCCGAUAUCCCCACGCUCCAGCUCUUCGUCAAGCACGAAACGGACGACCGGCUGCGGGUUCACAUUACGGACGCGGAGAAGCAGAGGUGGGAGGUUCCGUACAACCUCCUCCCGCGAGACCAGCCGCCGGUGGCGAAGCAGACGAUUGGGAGGUCGAGGAAGAACCUAAUCGGCGUCCAGGACUACGCGACCUCCUCCGGGGAGCUGAUCUUCAGCUACACAGCGGACCCGUUCAGCUUCGCGGUGAGGAGGAAGUCGACCGGGCAGACUCUGUUCAACACCAGCUCCGGCGGCGGCUCCGGCGACCCGUUCGGUCCAUUGGUGUUCAAGGACCAGUACCUGGAGAUCUCCACGAAGCUUCCCGAGGACGCAUCGCUGUACGGGCUCGGGGAGAACACGCAGCCGCACGGGAUCAAGCUGAACCCGGGGGAUCCGUACACUCUGUACACGACCGACAUAUCGGCGAUUAACCUGAAUGCGGAUCUGUACGGGUCGCACCCGGUUUACAUGGACCUCAGGAACGUGAAGGGGAAGCCGUACGCCCACGGGGUUUUGCUGUUGAACAGCAACGGGAUGGAUGUGUUUUACAGAGGGAGUUCGCUGACGUACAAGGUGAUUGGGGGCGUUUUCGACUUUUACUUCUUCGCCGGUCCGAGUCCUUUGGGCGUCAUCGAUCAGUACACUUCUUUGGUUGGCAGACCGGCCCCCAUGCCUUACUGGGCUUUCGGAUUCCACCAAUGCAGAUGGGGAUAUCACAACCUCUCAGUGGUUGAAGAUGUGGUGGACAACUACAAGAAGGCCAAGAUCCCACUCGACGUGAUCUGGAACGACGAUGAUCACAUGGAUUUCCACAAGGAUUUCACCUUGAGCCCCAUCAGCUACCCUCGUGAGAAGCUGCGCGCUUUCCUGGACAAGAUCCACAGCAUCGGCAUGAAGUACAUUGUCAUCAUUGAUCCCGGGAUCAACGUUAAUUCCACUUACGGUGUUUACAACAGAGGCCUUGCAGAUGACGUGUUCAUCAAGUACGAAGGCCAGCCUUACCUGGCUCAAGUCUGGCCUGGAGCAGUCAACUUCCCCGACUUCCUCAACCCUAAAACUGUCUCCUGGUGGGGGGACGAAAUCCGCCGCUUCCACGAUAUGGUCCCUGUCGACGGCCUGUGGAUCGACAUGAAUGAAGCUUCCAACUUCUGCUCCGGACUGUGCACAAUCCCCAAGGGCAAGAAGUGUCCGACGGGGACCGGUCCAGGGUGGAUAUGUUGCUUGGACUGCAAGAACAUUACCAAGUCCAGGUGGGACGACCCUCCUUAUAAGAUCAAUGCCUCAGGAUUGCAGGCGCCAAUUGGUUUCAAGACCAUAGCCACCAGCGCAGUUCAUUACAACGGCGUAUUGGAGUACGACGCACACAGUCUUUACGGAUUCUCGCAAUCCAUUGCUACCCACAAGGCGCUUCAGGGUCUUCAGGGGAAGCGCCCCUUCAUCCUUUCGCGCUCCACCUAUGUCGGAUCGGGGAAAUACGCUGCUCAUUGGACCGGCGACAACCAAGGGAACUGGGAGAACUUGAAAUACUCCAUCCCCACAAUGCUCAACUUCGGCAUCUUUGGUGUGCCGAUGGUUGGUUCAGAUAUAUGCGGGUUCUACCCUGCUCCAACAGAGGAGCUCUGCAACCGUUGGAUUGAAGUGGGCGCUUUCUACCCGUUUUCCAGAGACCACGCCAACUUCUACUCGCCGAGGCAGGAGCUUUACCAGUGGGAAUCGGUUGCCGAAUCCGCAAGAAACGCUCUUGCCUUGAGGUACAAGCUCCUGCCGUAUCUCUACACGUUGAGCUACGACGCUCACUUGACGGGAGCUCCCAUCGCCAGGCCGGUUUUCUUCUCGUUCCCUACCUACACCGAAUGUUACGGGCUGAGCACGCAGUUCUUGCUAGGCAGCGGCCUCAUGAUUUCUCCGGUGCUCGAGCAGGGGAAAACGCAAGUGAAGGCGUUGUUCCCUCCCGGUUCGUGGUACAGCAUGUCCGACAUGUCUCAAUCCAUCGAUUCGAAGGGCGAGUACUACACGUUAGACGCGCCAUUGCACUUCAUCAACGUGCACUUGUACCAGAACACAAUUUUGCCGAUGCAGAGAGGCGGAAUGAUUUCGAAGGACGCCAGGACGACGCCGUUCAGCCUCGUGGUGACCUUCCCUGCUGGAGCAACCGAUGGAGCGGAAGCGAAAGGGAGUCUGUUUAUGGACAACGACGAGCUUCCGGAGAUGAAGCUAGGGAACGGCGAGUCAACGUACAUUGAGUUCUAUGCUACCGUCAGCAAAGGGAGCGUGAAGCUGUGGUCGGAGGUUCAGGAAGGUAAGUUUGCGUUGGGGAAAGGGUUGGUAAUUGAGAAGGUGUCGGUGUUGGGGCUGGGUGGAAGUGGGGCGUCGCCGUCGGAUGUUCAAGUCGACGGGAAUGCGAUCUCGGCCACGGUGGCUUCGAAGGUGCAGGUGAGGUCGGUGGAGCAGAUUGGCGUUGCGUCGUCGGGCGAUGGAGAUGAGAAGGCGAAGAAGAGUUUGAUGGUGGAGGUGAGUGGGUUGGAGAUUCCGGUGGGGAAGAACUUUGCUAUGACGUGGCACAUGGGAUUGUAG